UAUAUAAAAUGCGCCUCUCUCUACCCCCUCUGCCUUCUUGUUCCUCCUUUACACCCUUCCCACAUUUCCAGACUCCUUUUGCUGCCCACCCACCUGCCACUAGCCCAUCCGAACACUUGCUUCCAUAGACGACACCUCGCUGGAAACGCUUGAGCCCGGACACAGCACGCACACACGCACACACAUCUCAAAAUGCCUUCUUCUCCAGCCUCCACCACGUCCGCCGAGGACUCUCGCCUCCGGACCGCACUAGAGAGCAGCGGCGUGAAAUUCCACAUCCGGACUGGCAAUGGAAAAUGGGCGUGUACUCUGCUUGAUCGUGCUACCCACGAGAGGCAAAAGAGUCUCCGUACCUCUUCGUCUUCGGUCUCGACAACGGGCUCGACGUCAAGCACCGAGUCCAGGUGAGGUGACCACACAGGAUAUGGGGUUGAGACUGUCGCCAUCUUGGCGGCACUGGAGGUGCGAGACAUGCAAAGUCUUGCCUUGACAUCACCACGUCUCUCUUCCCAACAUCUUGGUGGUGUGUAGCAAUAUGGGGAUGUCGUGAUUGGGCUUGCUUGUCCUACAUCGUUCUGCCUCGAUUGCCCCCUUUGGCAUGGGUUUUUGGGCGUAUAGGAGAGGGAGUAUUUGGGAUGCGGGUUCGGAAUAGCGAGUGCAAUGGUGCACAUGGAGUCAAUGGAUGGGCAAGGCACUGGGGCCUUUCUAUUUAACAUCUUCUUCCCGUUCACGGAUAUCGGUAUUACCUUGGCGGGUCUCUCCGUCGACGAUCAAGUCUUCGAAUUGUCCAUAUGUCAAUUUGGCUAAGUUAUCCUCGGUUGGACUGGGGUAAAUAUGGAAAUAUUACUUUCGCCG